GCUCUACUCUCCAUUUCCAUAGCAAUGAUGGAAAUAAUUCUCUUCUCAAUCUUUCUUCUUCUGCCAAUAAUUUUUGUUUAUCUUCUCCACAAAAUUAGCCAAAGAUCUGCCAAAACCCUAAUUCCACCAGGCCCUCCAGGGCUGCCAUUGAUUGGAAACCUUCACCAAUUCGCCACUGCAGGAAUCCCUCACAUCUUUCUAUGGAAACUUGCCAAAAAAUAUGGCCCCAUAAUGCAAAUGAAGCUGGGUUCUGUCCCUGUGCUCAUCAUUUCAUCAGCGAAAUUCGCGAAAAAUGUGCUUAAAACUCACGAUCUUGUCUUCUGCAGCCGUCCGAAGCUUCGGGGGCAGCAGAAGCUCUCCUACAAUGGCGUCGACAUAGCCUUUUCGCCCUACAACGAGUACUGGAGGGAAAUGAGGAAGAUCACAGCCGUCCAUCUAUUCAGUGUCAAGAAGAUCCAAUCGUUUUAUCCGAUUCGAAAGGAUGAAAUUAUACAUCGAAUGAUUAAGCGCGUAGCUUCUUCAUGUGGACAUGUUGUUAACUUGAAUGAUUUGGCCAUGGCGCUUACAAGCACUUUGAUUUAUCGAAGCGCUUUUGGUAAGAGGUAUGACGAGGAGGGGCGAGAAAUGCGAAGGUUUAAUGAGCUCAUGCACGAUGCCGAGGCCGUGGCUGCCACUUCCUUUGUGUCGGAUUACUUCCCUUGGUUUGGUUGGGUCGACAAGCUCAAUGGCUCGCUAAAUCGGCUUGAUGCUACAUGCAAAAAGUUGGAUUUGUUCUACCAAGAGCUCAUCGAUGAACAUGUUGAUCCGGACCGGGCGAAGAACGUCGAUUUGGAUGAAGAUAUUCUUGAUGUGUUGAUCAAACUUAAAGAAGAGAAGUUGGGGUCGAUUGAGCUUAAUUGGGAUCACAUCAAAGCUUUGUUGAUGAACAUUAUCAUUGCAGCAACCGAUACAACUGCCGCUGCAAUAGUUUGGACAAUGACUGGUUUGAUGAAGACACCAAAUGUGAUGAAGAAAUUGCAGAUAGAAAUGAGAUCCACAAUUGGUUCGAAAGGAUAUGUCGACGAAGAAGAUUUACCUAAGCUUCCCUAUCUAAAAGCAGUCAUAAGCGAAUCUCUCCGAUUGUACCCUCCUGCGCCUCUACUCGUGCCUAGGGAAACUAUCGAGACAUGUACUCUCGAAGGCUACAAGAUCGAGCCAAAGACACUUGUCUACGUUAAUGCAUGGGCCAUUUCAAGAGAUCCCGAGUAUUGGGAAAACCCCGAUGAAUUCUUGCCCGAGAGAUUCUUGGGCAAGAAUGUCGACAUAAAAGGGCAAGAUAAUUACAACAUGAUACCAUUUGGAUCGGGUAGAAGAAUUUGCCCCGGUAUGCACAUGGGACUUGCCACUGUGGAGCUCACGGUGGCGAAUCUUGUCUACCCUUUCGAUUGGGAACUGCCCGAGAAUAUUUGCGCUCAAGAUAUCGAUACGGAUCCAUUGUUGGGAAUUUCUAUGCAAAAGAAAAAUCCUCUUUACAUUGUUCCGAUGAAAUAUACUAUUAUUUAGACAUUCUUGAAUUAGCUAUGGGUGUGUUCAUUUUGUGUUUUUGGAUGGAUAUAUUUUUAUUUUAUAUAUGAAAAUUCGUAUUGAUAAUA